GGGCGCUGACCAAUAGGAAGAGAGCUCCGCCGAGAGUAAUGUUAGAGAGCUGAAGACUGAAGAGACACUGCGUAUCGCCUAUGUUCCCUCACACACAGCCAUUGCAGAGCAUUGAGAUCCAGCGAUAGUCCCACUGAUUGACUGCCGUCAAGAUGGUGAAAGAACCAGGAAAGCCGAGGGGCAAGAUGUCCUCCUAUGCCUAUUUUGUCCAGACCUGUCGGGAGGAGCACAAGAAGAAGCACCCCGAAGCUUCGGUCAACUUCUCUGAGUUCUCCAAGAAGUGCUCUGAGCGGUGGAAGAUGAUGUCUGCCAAGGAGAAGGGCAAAUUUGAGGACCUGGCCAGGUCGGACAAGGUACGCUAUGAGAGGGAGAUGAUGAGCUACAUACCACCCAGGGGAUCCAAGACGAAGAAGUUCAAGGACCCUAAUGCCCCCAAGAGACCCCCAUCUGCCUUCUUCGUCUUUUGCGCGGAGUAUCGCCCCAAGGUGAAAGGCGAGGCCCCUGGUCUGACCAUUGGAGAAGUUGCCAAGAGGCUGGGUGAGAUGUGGAACGGCACCGCUUCAGAGGACAAGCAGCCCUUUGAGAAGAAGGCAGCUAAAUUGAAGGAGAAGUAUGAGAAGGACGUCGCAGCAUACCGCGCUAAGGGCAAACCAGGCGCCGCACCAACAGCAGCAGCACCAAGCAAAGCCCCGGCCAAGGUAGAGAAGAAGGAUGACGACGAUGACGACGAUGAUGACGAGGAGGACGACGACUUCGAUGAUGACGACGACUAGUAGCUGGGGAGUUACACAUGUAGUGGUCAUUUUCUUGUUUAUAAAGCAUUUAACCCCCUUGUACACACUUCACUUACUGAAAGAAAAUACGUUAGUAUCCAAGGGGUAGGAAAAAAAACAACAAAAAAGGCUGUGUAUAUCAGUUGUUUUUAUGCUGUACAGUUUUUUUCUCCUUUUUUGUAUAGUUGACACUACACAAGUAUUGUGUCUGUAUCUUUCUGCCAGUCUUAUUUUUUUUCAGUGAUAGUUCCUAGACCACUAUCCUGCCUGGUACAGUGUAAAGGGUUGGGCUUACAGUAUUUACCCUAGCUAGAGGUGCACAGCACAUAAAAAAACGUUCUGAGUUUAGAUCUGAGUGUCUCUUCUUUUUUUUCCCUGUGUUUUUAUUUCAAAUGACAUGUUAUCAAAAUUGACGUAUCACAGUUGUUUUACUGAUCUUUAUGUACCACUGUAAUAGCAAGAAUAAGAAAAAAAACCCGCCUUGUUUAUUGUUGAAAGUUAAAUUGCUUCUGAUGUCAAUAAACAUUUUUUUUUAAUAAA